AUGGCCCCGACCGAGGGAUCCUCCAUGGCCGAUCUUCCUGCAGUCGAUGACGACCAAGAGGAGGAGACACCGAUCCCCCGCCCCGUGUCCUGGCUCCCUCCGCACACCCCCCACGACUGCGGCGAUCCUCCCCCAAAGUCGGUCGUCCUCGACACCCUGGUCUACGCCGACGACCGCACCAACGCCUUCACCGCCGAGGGCUUCACCAGCAACAGCCUCGCCAUCUACCUCACCUUCUGGCCCGCGCAUCCGCCGCUCAUCUCAUACUUCACCGUCCACCUACCCGGCCUCCUCCAAGACGGACCGGCCACCUCGCUCGACCUUCUGCCACGCCUUCUCCGCACCGACGGCGACCUCGCCCUCUUCCGCGUCAUGGUCGGCCCUUCGCGCAGUAAUCGGAAGCACAUCAACUACAUGAUCUACCGUGUCCGUGCCGGCAUCAGCAAGCUUGAGGUGCUCCCCGCCCACCCCACCCGCUUGUUCGCCGACUGUUCAUUUGCCCUCCUGCGCUGCCGCUGCCCCGACGACGGCAGGUUCUUGGUCGCCAAUCUCCGUUCGAUUUACUCCCGUGGGCAGUACGCCCUCGACCUGUUCGACUCCCGGUCAGGCACAUGGAGCACUAAGUCGAUGCAUGCUGAGUCGCCAGAGGACUGCGACUACCGUACUCCAACCAAGGUGAUCGCCCUCGGUGGCGAUCGCGGUUCAAUCGGAUGGGUCGACCUCUGGAAUGGCAUCCUCAUCUGUGAUCUGCUCGCCGAUGAUGACCAAGUCCUCCGCUUCAUCCGUUUGCCCGUGCUUUCGGCGCCGGACAAGAUGAUCCCAGGACCUUUGGCAUGUGACCGGGACGUCUCUGUCGGCAGUGAUGGCUGCAUCAAAUACUCAGAGGUGUGGGCGAAUCCCUUGCCUGGCUCACAGAAUCGAGCCACCUACAUCUCCCAGGACUGGGGUGCUGCCAUACUGACAUGGCUGGAGCCCCAAAAGAAGUGGCAAAUCGACCUCAGCCUCAAAGCCUCAGACAUCAUUGUGGACAAGAGUCACUCCCAGUUGCUUCCUCAUCAUGUCAAGGCCACAAUGAAGAAGCCAACCUUAAGCAGACUCCACGCAGGGCAUCCUGCCUUCAGCUUGCAUGAUGAUGGUGUUGUUUACAUCAUGACUAAGGUUGACCACAGGGAGGACGACUUGUGGAUGCUUGCUGUUGACAUGAGAAGCAAGACUCUGAAAGGAGUGGCUGGUCUCACCAGUAAAAGAACCAUGGGUUUUAGAUUCAUGUACUUGCAAAGUGACCUCUCCAACCAUCUGGCGCGCACAAGCAAAAAAAACCGAGGUCUCCAACCAUCUGGUGGCCACAAGCAAAACCGAGACAUCCAAGAAUCUGCCCAAAAGCAAAAGGUCCUCACGCAGAAAGAAACGUGGUAA